GAAGCCAUUGCAGCAGCAACUUGGAGGCGAGCUGGACGUCUCUCCAGGAGAAAAAUCCAGAGCGGGAGCCAGAGUUGGCGAGGCGGAGGACCCGCCAGCCGGGGAGGCGCAGGGUUACUGCAAAGAGGGGCGGGAGAGACGCGGGGCUGCGUGCUGCGCGCUGGCUCCAGCGGUGCCGCGGGGAAUGUGACAUCAGCUGCGCCCGGCGCUUGCGGCUGGAGGAAGCUGCUCGCCUCCCUGCGCGGUGCGCAACUCGCCCGGGGUAGGACGCAGACCCGGGCAGGCGGCAGGGAUGUCGGCGAAAGAGAGGCCAAAGGGUAAAGUGAUCAAGGACAGCGUCACCCUUCUGCCCUGCUUUUAUUUCGUCGAGCUGCCUAUUUUGGCAUCUUCGGUGGUUAGCCUGUACUUCCUGGAACUCACGGAUGUGUUCAAGCCUGUGCACUCCGGGUUCAGCUGCUAUGACCGGAGUCUUAGCAUGCCCUACAUUGAACCCACCCAGGAAGCAAUUCCGUUCCUCAUGUUGCUUAGCUUGGCUUUUGCUGGACCUGCAAUUACGAUUAUGGUAGGGGAAGGAAUUCUUUACUGCUGUCUGUCCAAGAGAAGAAAUGGAGUUGGACUGGAGCCCAAUAUUAACGCUGGAGGCUGCAACUUCAAUUCUUUCCUUAGAAGAGCAGUCAGAUUCGUUGGGGUUCAUAUAUUUGGAUUGUGCUCCACAGCUCUUAUUACAGAUAUCAUACAGCUGUCCACAGGAUAUCAGGCACCAUACUUUCUCACUGUGUGCAAGCCAAACUAUACUUCUCUGAAUGUAUCUUGCAAAGAAAAUUCCUACAUUGUGGAAGAUAUUUGCUCAGGAUCAGACCUUACAGUUAUCAAUAGUGGCAGAAAGUCAUUCCCUUCUCAACACGCUACCCUCGCCGCCUUUGCUGCUGUGUACGUUUCGAUGUACUUCAAUUCCACAUUAACGGAUUCCUCUAAGCUACUGAAACCUCUCUUGGUCUUCACAUUUAUCAUCUGUGGAAUCAUCUGUGGGCUAACACGGAUAACUCAGUAUAAGAACCACCCAGUUGAUGUCUAUUGUGGCUUUUUAAUAGGAGGAGGAAUUGCUCUGUACUUGGGCCUGUAUGCUGUGGGCAAUUUUCUGCCUAGUGAAGAGAGUAUGUUUCAGCACAGAGAAGCACUCAGGUCUCUGACAGAGCUCAAUCAAGACCCCAGCCGAGUUUUAUCUGCUAAAAAUGGUAGCAGCAGUGAUAGAAUUGCUCACACAGAAGGCAUCCUCAACCGAAACCACAGAGAUGCUAGCUCCUUGACAAACCUCAAAAGGGCAAAUGCUGAUGUAGAAAUCAUCACUCCCCGGAGCCCCAUGGGGAAGGAAAACAUGGUCACCUUUAGCAACACCCUGCCGAGAGCCAACACCCCUUCCGUAGAAGACCCCGUGAGAAGAAACACCUCUAUUCAUGCUUCCAUGGAUUCUGCCCGGUCAAAGCAACUGCUCACCCAGUGGAAGAAUAAGAACGAGAGUCGCAAGUUGUCCCUGCAAGUUAUAGAGACUGAGCCAGGGCAGUCACCGCCCAGAUCCAUAGAAAUGCGGUCAAGCUCGGAGCCGUCGAGGGUGGGCGUGAACGGAGAACACCACCCUCCUGGCAACCAGUACCUCAAGAUCCAGCCUGGCGCUGUCCCCGUGUGUAACAACACCAUGACCGGGGGGCCACGAGUGUCCAUUCAGUCCCGCCCCGGAUCCUCCCAGUUAGUGCACAUCCCAGAGGAGACUCAAGAGAACAUAAACACCUCCCCCAAAAGCAGCUCCGCUCGGGCUAAGUGGUUGAAAGCUGCCGAGAAAACUGUGGCUUGUAACAGAAGCAACAGUCAGCCCCGCAUCAUGCAAGUCAUUGCCAUGUCCAAGCAGCAGGGCGUCCUCCAAAGCAGCCCGAAGAAUACUGAAGGCAGCACCGUUUCCUGCACCGGCUCCAUCCGCUACAAAACCCUGACAGACCACGAGCCCAGCGGGAUCGUAAGGGUAGAAGCUCACCCAGAAAACAACAGGCCCAUUAUCCAGAUCCCGUCCACAGAAGGCGAAGGCAGUGGCUCCUGGAAAUGGAAAGCUCCUGAAAAGGGCAGCCUUCGCCAAACUUACGAGCUCAACGAUCUCAACAGAGACUCAGAAAGCUGUGAAUCCCUGAAAGACAGUUUUGGUUCUGGAGAUCGCAAGAGAAGCAACAUAGAUAACAACGAGCAUCACCACCAUGGAAUAACCACCAUCCGCGUCACGCCGGUAGAGGGCAGUGAAAUUGGUUCUGAGACGCUGUCGGUUUCUUCAUCUCGCGACUCCACCCUGCGGAGAAAGGGCAACAUCAUCUUGAUCCCCGAAAGAAGCAACAGCCCCGAAAACACCAGAAACAUCUUCUACAAAGGAACCUCCCCUACUCGGGCUUACAAGGAUUGAGUGAAGAUCAUUCAAUAACUCAGACGACCCCCAAAUACCACAUGCUGAUUCUACCUGUGCUCCGUUCCAGAGAUUGGGAAGCCACCCACAAACUCGAUGCUCCACCGUCACCUCGGAACUCAGUGACUCUCGAGAACUUCUACUUUCAAGCGAGUAGAUUUCACAUCAAGGGGAGGGUAAAGCACAAUGCAAGAACCUAACUAAUGUGAUCGUAUGAAGACACUUUUUAAGACCUAUCUUCAAACUCAAAAGAUUUGCAGCAGACAACAGCAAAAGAAAAGUGGUUUCCUUCAAUGUAAACUAUUUUACUUCCUGAAUGUGCCAACUUUAGGGAUUUUUCUUUAUUAUUGGCUGUGGGAAUCAGAACACGCAUUUUCCUCACAGCAAAGGCCAUGCAGUAUUAUAUAUUCAUUUUGCAGAAUCUGCACCUACAUCGCAAUAUGGGUGGUGCUGAUUAAUAUAGUACAUAUACCAUGUAAACUCUCAGAUUCUACUUAGCUGUGAAAUAGUGGUGUGCAAUUCCUUGUCAGAGAAAUGCUACUGUUUUAAGAAGAUGCUGGCUGCUUUGUGUUAGAAUAGGACAUCCCACAGCUUCUCUGUAGUGACUCUGUCACAGUCCAGAAUGAAAAGGUUUGUGCAUUUCCUCAGAAGUAUGCAUCCUCCAGUAACAAAAAUGGUGUAGGAUUACUUUUGGUGAAAGGGAAUAAAUAGUACUUUUCUGCAUAGUUUUUUUUUGGCCUAGUUUUUGUUUAAGUAUAAUUUAAUCAUUAAUCUUGCUAAUGAGUGUUUUUUUAGUGAGCACAUUUGCAUAAUUAAACAACUAUAUUGUUUUGAAAGAAUUCUUUGAAAUUGUGAUUCUAUUUUGCAUUUUAUGGCUUUCUUAUUUAUUAAGUUUAAAGAAAUUGAUGUUACAGAUAUGCUUGUCUAUUUUUAAAGCAAAAAUAACAGUUGACAAUCCUUGAGCAAAACAUAUGACUAUGAAUUUACAAAUAAGAACUCUGAACCAAUUCAUGAUAGUGUGGGUAAUGGGGCCAGCAAUCUUGGUUAGUCUACCCUCUGAUAUUUCCAACCACCUGACUUGGGUUGCUAUCUUGACAAAUAAUCCCAAAAUUCCUUUUAGUUCUAGAUUGUUUGCAUUUUUUUAAUAUCCCAAAAACCAGUAAAUUAGAAUCACUGUAGUUGGAUUUUACCUUUUCCCUGCAGUAUAUUUUUUAAUUGGAUACUAUUGAAAAAAAUGCAGCUUAAUAUGGAAAAAAAUUAUCUCAAUAGUAUAAAUUAAGAAAAUAUUUCUCCAAAAUAUCUAAAUAGGCAGUUUAAGUGUUUGACAUACAAGCAACAGUUUUUGCUAUCUAUCCUCAAUAAAACCUUCAGCCUAAAUGAAAGGAAAACAGUAUUAUCAAAAAAAAAAAAGAAGAUAAAAACAAAACAUUUUGAAGUGUUUUCCAAUUUAAAAGUUUAAGUACAAAGAAGUAUUGGUUCUUGGUGUUUAGUAUUAAACCUUUUUACACCAUUUCUUAAGAAUUCUGAUAUAACACUUGAUGAUUGCCAAGGACAUAAAAGAAAACAACAAAGCUGAUUCAUUUGUUCUCAGUUAAGUUUUCAGUGAGAACAGAAAUUUGUUUAGAGGCGUCCAGUACCACAUUAUUAUCAGUAUCUACAGGAAAAGGGCAGAGAUUUCUAGAGUAGCCAACCUCCCAAAGCAUUAGGGAUUUAGCUGAAACCAGCAGAAUUGAAAAGUCUGGCAAUAAAUAUAAACUCAACUAUAUCCCUUCUGGCAAUUUCCUUCUCAGAGAGGGAAGUGGGAGUAAAACGUUGCCUUCCCCACUUCUCACCACCACCGCCACCACAUGACACUCCAGCUGGCUUGUUCCAGUUUCUAGAGGGAAAGGCGGGCUGGUUUUAGUACUCUGGAGAAAACGAAGCUGUGCCAUUUCCGGUGCAGUAUGAUAUUUCCUAAUCUUUCCUAUUUCUUAACAAAAGAUUUUAAAGUACUUCUCUAAUCAUUAAAGUUCUUUUUCUUUACAUAAAUAUUGAUAUAUUCUUUUUCUACUCGAAGUGCCAAAGGCUACAGUUUUUAAUGACUUAAUGAAUUGUAUCACAAUGCUAAGGAAUUAUAAAGAUAGUCGCUAGAAUUCAGACCUCUGCAUGUAUAUUUGAUAACACAUCUUUUGUAAAAAAAAAAUUACAAAAAAAAAAUUUGUUUACAUUCCACUGGUACCUUAAUUUAAAAUAAAUGAGACUAACAGGUGGUAUCUCUUCUUAGUGUUCUAUUUAUCUUAUUUGCUACUGAGAGUACUUCAUCCUUUGUUAGGCUGUGCUUUAUGGAUAAAACCAAGUAUUGAAUAAAGAGAGUUAAUUAUCUUUUUAAAGUAAAUAAAAUUACAAAUAUAUAAUAUAUAUAUAAAAGUAUCGUGUUUAAUAAAAUGUUAUGCAAUGUUUUCCAAACUGAUAAAGUUUGUAAAGUGCUAUAAUGUAUUUUGUUAAGUACAGAUCAAAGCUAUUGUGUGAGUAUAUUGUGUUAACAUCAUAGAAAUAAAGAUUCAAUUUCUUCAUCAAAA